AUGGAAGGGAAGUGCGUCCUCCUGUGGCUACUGCUGAUUGCUGCAGUGGUCUUGCAGUCCUCUGCCCAGCACUGGUCUCACGGAUUGAGCCCUGGUGGCAAGAGAGAGGCUCACAGUCUGACUGAAGUGAUGGAAGGCCUACCAAAGCGGAGUGCAUCACUCUGUGGUAGUGAAUACAGAGAUGUUUCCCCUUAUAAAAGACCAGAUAGACUUGAACAGUUGGCUUAA